AUGUCAAGAGACUCUGCGAGUCGCGAAAAGGGCAACGAGGUCAGCAAACGCAGCAGCAGCAGCAGCAGCAGCAGCAGCAGCUGGAGAGCUCUAGGAAAGGCAGCAAAUGCAGCAAUAAUAAUAGCAGCAGCAAAAGCAGCAGCGGAAGCAAAACGCAACAGCAGCGGCAGCAGCAGCGCCCACAGCAAACGGAGCAGCAGCAGCAGCAGCAGCAGCAGCAGCAGCAACAGAAGCAGCAGCAAUCAAAGCAGCAGUAGAAGCAACAACAAUAACGCCAGCAGCAACAACAGCAAAAAAGAGAACAACAGGAGCAGCAGCAGCAGCAGCAACAGCAGCAGCAAGAUCAACUGCAGCAGCAGCAGCAGCAGCAGCAGCAGCAGCAGCAUCAGCAGCAGCAGCAAAAGCAGCAGCAGACUUUUGUGCAGAAUUGCCGAGAAAGUAAGCAGCAAAGGAAAGAGAGCAGCAGCAAACGAAAAACAUCCUUUUCGUCCUGCAGCAGCAGCAGCAGCAGCAGCAGCAGCAGCAGCAGCAGGAACGGCAGAAGAGAAGAAAAUGAGCAGCAGUAGCAGCAGCAGCUGGAAUCCAACACAGCCGCCGCAGCAGCAAAGGCAGCAGCAGCAAUGGCAGCAGCAAGAUCUAGACGCAGCAGACGACCAGCAGCACAAACAGCAGCAGCAGCAGUAG